GAAGAACAUUGCAGCAGAGGCACAGAAGGAGACUGCAAGAGGAGCUGGGAAUAUUACACACAGAACACAGCCGAACCACAACACCCUCCCCUGGACACACCCUGCUGGGGAUCACUGCUUCUCUUUUUUCUGAACCGUCGCCCACGCCACUCGGAGAGAAAACUCUCCCUCAUCAUCAUCCUGAAGAAAACCCCUUUCUCCUCAUUUUCACCCUACAGAGGACACCUACCAAUCUCCAAGGGCUGAGAUUCCCCUGGUGAACAUUGUCUUUUUUCCUUUUUUCUUUUUUUUCUUUUGGAUUUGGACACGGCCUCUCCACAGUAAAUACACAGGCCAGCUAAUAUAAAGACUACAGAUCAUAGUAUUGACUCAACCUACGGCUUGAAGACCUGCGAAACGAAGAAGGACCUAGAUCACUCUCAUUGUAUGUCAAGAAUGGUUACUCAGAUAAUCAGCACCAUGGAAACCCAGGUGUCCAACGGUCCGAGCGGAACCAGCCUGCCUAACGGGCCAGUCAUCAGCACCAACGGUGCCACAGACGACAGCAAGACCAACCUAAUCGUCAACUACCUGCCUCAGAACAUGACCCAGGAGGAAUUCAAGAGCCUGUUCGGUAGCAUCGGAGAGAUUGAAUCCUGCAAACUGGUCCGAGACAAGAUUACAGGUAUUCAUGAUGCUUCAGCAGGCCAGAGUUUGGGCUAUGGGUUCGUAAACUAUGUGGAUCCCAAUGACGCAGACAAGGCCAUCAACACACUCAACGGUCUCAAACUGCAGACCAAAACAAUUAAGGUAUCGUACGCCCGUCCCAGUUCAGCAUCUAUCCGUGAUGCUAACCUGUAUGUGAGCGGUCUGCCUAAGACCAUGACCCAGAAGGACAUGGAGCAGCUGUUCUCCCAGUACGGACGCAUCAUCACCUCCCGCAUCCUGGUGGACCAGGUUACAGGUAUAUCGCGAGGAGUGGGCUUCAUCCGGUUUGACAAGCGGAACGAGGCAGAAGAGGCCAUCAAGGGCCUGAACGGCCAGAAGCCCCUGGGCGCAGCCGAACCCAUCACGGUGAAGUUCGCCAACAACCCGAGCCAGAAGACGGGCCAGGCCCUGCUCACCCAGCUGUACCAGACCGCUGCACGCCGCUACACUGGCCCUCUGCACCACCAGACUCAGCGCUUCAGCCUCAUCCCUCCAUUUGGAAAGGGACCAGAUCCAAAUAACAGCACAAAACCAAUACUCGACAAUUUACUAAACGCCAGCUACGGAGUCAAGAGUUCUCCCUCUCUCCUUCCUAGGUUCUCCCCCAUCACCAUCGACAGCAUGACCAGCCUGGCGGGAGUCAACCUGACCGGGCCCACCGGAGCCGGCUGGUGCAUCUUCGUCUACAACCUAUCGCCCGAGGCUGACGAAAGCGUCCUGUGGCAGCUGUUCGGGCCCUUCGGUGCCGUCACAAACGUCAAGGUCAUCCGUGACUUCACCACCAACAAAUGUAAGGGCUUCGGCUUCGUCACCAUGACCAACUACGACGAGGCAGCCAUGGCCAUCGCUAGUCUCAACGGCUACCGCUUGGGAGACCGCGUGCUGCAGGUCUCCUUCAAGACCAGCAAGCAACACAAGGCCUGAGAGAGAGAGCUGCUAGCUGACGCCAGCUCCUUCAGCCAGCAGGGAGCGCCACUGAGCUCCCUGUUACUAUCACUCUACAUGGGCCUGGACUGAGUCUCUCUCUCUCUCUGAUGCACACUCACCCAUACACAGCCCUAUACACAUACAUGCACACACUAUCCGACAUACACUAUUAGACAUAUUUACACAUACAAACAUACACAAAGUCUGAGUUUCAAACAAAUACACUAGUAGAGUUUUUCUUUUCUCUUUACACAACAUGCUAGUCCUUCCCUACGUUUGCCUGGAUUGAAAUAGUAGGGGUACGUUGGGUAGUUGGUCUCUGGGGUGGGAGUAAGAGGCCUCAAUGAGGGAGACAGUCUAACGAAUGUGACAGAGAAUGUGUGCUGAGUGCUUUGAUUGAAUUCAGGCAAAUAAUGACAAAAACUGCUGAAACAAAAUGAUCAAAAAUCUAAAAUGAACUACAAAUAUGUGCAAUUUAAACCCCAAACUCUUACCCCACGAACUAUCCCAUUAUCUUGCUGGAGAGAGUGUAGUCACUUUUUUUUUUUUACACUUGGGCAUUUUGAAUCAGUGAUUUUUUUUAGAUCAAAGAAAAUUCAUUAAAAACAGUGUUCUCUUAUAUACGUAUAUUAAAAUAUAACUAUAUAUUCAAUAUUUAAGGUGGUUAUAAUAGCCGAGUAUGUAAGCAUUUUCUAGAAACUUUUACUACUGUUCCUGGCUCAACAUUAGGUAGGUUGUGACUAGCUUUAGGGCAGUUCCUCUACCCUAUUAAGGACAGAUCCAAUAUAAUUUAGGUUAUCAAACUGAACAGAUACUGGUCACAAAGACAAACAGCCUGAAGGCCACCAGAAUUACACCCUCACUACACAACACAACACAGUCACACAUAUCAGCCCUGUUAGGGGGGAAACAACAGUAGAAUACUGAACAUCACUGACAUCUAAGAAUCUCCCUGUAUUUUUUCACUCUGGUUCUUCCGUUCAGAGUAGAAUGGAUGGAUUCCACCACAAACAGAGCUGUCUGUGUGAACAACGUAGAACAUUGUCCCAGCUAGUGUUCCCAUGGAGACAGUGUUCAUGUACAAUUCUCUGAGAGACUAGGGACCGUGAGUUUAGAGCAAAGUCAUUUCACCAAAUCACAGAGCCACUUUACCAAAACACCCAACCAGAUAUAACACCCCUCCAAGGGAAUGAGAAUGUUUUUACAAUUCAGUGGAAAUUAUUGGCCUGGCUAGGUAGGCUCAACAUCACCAUUACGCACAGAUCAGAUCGAGAGGACGGUAGUUUUGACUUAGGUUGAGAUUCCGUCAUGACUCUGAGCAGUGAUAUCUCCUCACUGAGUCCUAGAGGGUGAGGCAGCUUCUUACCUAUUCCUCAGUUUACUAAACACUCCUCAGUUUCAUUCAGACCCCUUAUAUGACACUUUAUAGAAGUUCCUGAGAAUCAGUUUCUAAUCACUCAUUAUAACCCUGCCUGCCCUUUCAAAAUAGAAGAAACCAAGCCUGCAGAAACCAACAGUGACAAGUUUGUUUAUCUCACAUUGGAAACUCCAAAAGUUAUUUUUGUUGAUUUGCAACAUCUGAUCGGCACUAUCACCUAGCUGGAAUUUAAAAAAUAUCAACAAACCAAUGGAAAUAAUUCAUGACACCCCUUGAUGAAAAUGUAACGACAAAAUAGUCUUGGUUACUGUCUGUUAGAAACAUCUGACAAGACAUUUCAUGGGGAGAGAUGGGAUUACAAUAUAAAGACAUCUGCAUAUAAUAGAUUAAAUAAGGUAAAGUGUGUUCAAGACAUUUUUGCUUUUCUAAAUAACGCUGUGUUAGCCAAAGAGGACAACCAUCUCUUUGAAAGGAUUACUUUAGAGAUAAAUCUAUUUUUAUACAUACAAAAGAACAAGACCUUGUGCUGAAUUUUUACAGAUUCUUAAAACUCUGAAAGACUGGGACACCGCAUGGCUGUAUUUUAAGCCCUUUGAUCUUUGAGAGAGGGAGGAGCGUGUGCAUGCCGUGUAUAGGUGGGGGUCGAGGGAAGGGGGCGAAGAAGAAAAGUUUUAUCUCACACAACCUUACUUUUUCAACCACAACCUAUAAACAAACUAUUGAAAUAGCAAAAAAAGAACAUAAACAAAGACAUCGGAAUAGAACAAAUACACAUCAGCACAAACCAAUUCAAUGAUUAGGAAUGAAACGUUGCAGAGACAAAUCUGCAUUACUAAUACUGCAAUCUUUGAGUGUAAACUAGACAAACACAUAUGACUUUCUCUGAAGUUGCGUACAGUGAAGUGUUAUCGCUUUCACAGGAGACACUUAAAUCAGGCUGCAGUAAAGACAGUCAGUCAGGCCCAAUGAUUUGUCCUCACAGACACCUUGGGCUGGUUCAAAACAGAAAGGCUUGAAGUAGAUUCUCAAUAAAGCGUCCUUUCAAUGCAAAGAUGAUUAGGUAUAUUUGAAUGAAGAUUUAGCCAAAGAAUUUGGAAUAUGAGUGUCAAUAAGAAAUAAUUCAGUCUAUACUAUUACUAACUGUUCCCCUGAUAAUUCUUCUAUAAACCAUUAUCAUUUAUCGCAUGAAGAUCCCUUAUCAUUUUAAAUCCCCAUAGCGCUUGCAGAAAUAUCUGUUGUUCAUAUCAAAUUAUAUCAGAAUGAACUAAUAUCUUUUGGUUAACAUAUCUGUCGAGUAAAUAUAAUUUAGCCCAUUUGCACAGGUGCUUACCACAAACCUACAAUGUACACAAAGAAUUCACCUUUCAGCAAAAAUAACAACAGUUCCACACAAGUGUCUCUUGAACCUCAAUACUGUAAUACUCACACCAUCCGCUCACAAUAGGAAUCCAAUACAUCAGAGUAUGACAGCAUUGUUUCAGUUUAACCCUAUGCUCUUCCACUGUUACACCCUCAGCCUCUAACUCUGACCAUUCAAUUUCUUACUGUGCCCCAGUAGUAUAUUGGUGGUGUGCCAACCAAAACAAACAUGAAAUGUCAUACAUUAACACCCUGUCAUAAUCUAACUCCACACCUCCCUUCCCCAUUCAAUUAGUUGUGCCCAUACUCAAGAGAAGGUAGCACAGUAGGACUGAUACAGCAUCACUUUAAGAGACCAGAUGUGACUCUUGGGAACAGAACAGCAAAUAGGCCACGUUGCUGAGCUGCAGUUGAAGUAGUCCCACUGGUGAUAUGGGGUAGAGUUCCAGCCCAGUUCCCCCACACACUAGACCAACAGGCCCUAGGCCACACCCUAGACCAACAACAGGCCCUAGGCCACACCCUAGACCAACAACAGGCCCUAGGCCACACCCUAGACCAACAACAGGCCCUAGGCCACACCCUAGACUAGAGCAACAACAAACUAUCCCAUCUUACACAGCCAAUACAGAGACCCUCUUCUCUUCCCACACCUACAUAUGGUAGAGAGCCAAGGACAAUGGCAGGAGACAAAUGUACUGCACCGCUUGAGCAACAAUAAAUAAUCAUCUAAAAAGACAAAAAAACUUUCCUAUGGAACAGUAAGUGCAAUGUGCUUUGUUUUUAUAUUGACUGAGAACAAAAAGAUAUAUAUAUUUUUUAAAAGAAAAAGAAAUUAAACAUCACACUGAAAUGGUUUGCGGAAAAGGCGUUAGGAUCAAAUGUAAAGAAAUCAAAGUGUUAAUUCACCGAUUCAUUAAAGAGAAUCAAACAAGCACCGAUGGAGAGCUCUGAAAAUGUCCAGAACCCCAGCCCCGGAUUAGUGCUCUGAACAUGCAAGCUAAAACUAACCGCAUAUUAUUAUUGGGUGAAUAAAAAGAGCAAUUUAAUUGAAAAGACCUUGAAAGGGAUACUGUCUAAUAUAUCAUCAGUUUUAGCCCACAUCGAUUUUAGAAUAUCAUUUUUCCUGUAAUUUAUUGAUUUUCUUUUGCAUAUCAAGACUCACAUGUUAACUUAGCGUAUUUGUGUUGUUGACAUUACCAUAUUGGACACACAUGGGUCCAAGAUUUUAUUUGGUUGCUUUGAUUGGGUAAUUUAUUUUUUCAUUCCAUUAUUUAAUUAGUUGCAGUUCUUAGUGUAUGCAGAUUUUAGACUUAGUUAGAAUUUUAUUUCAAUCAAAAUGUGUUCAAUUGUGUUUGUAAAAGUCUGUGGUAGCUUUUGUUGCAACAUAAAUAAUUUAAACAGAAAAAAUUCAAGAUAGCGCCAACAAACUUGUAUUAUUUGGGCGACUUUAAGCUUGUAGUUUUAACUUAUUGUUAACUUAAAAACUAUUUAUUAUUAUUGCCUCGUAUAAAGUAUGUUUUGUGUAUAUUUAUGGUUUAUUUCAUUAUAUUUGCAAGUUUAAAAGAUUUUAAGUUUGCCAAAAUUGUGGUUACAUUUUCUUUCUUAAAAAGGGAACAAAUAGAUUAAAAAAACAGCUUUAGAAGUACAAUUUGGAAAUGUUCUCCAUAGUCAAAGAAUGCACUGCUAUAUUUAACUAAUUGAAGUGUAUAAACAUACAUGCUGUGUGCUAGAUGUUAUGCCUUUACUGCCUGUGUUCUGUUUGUCUUGUUAAAUGAAAACCUUUUGAUUAUUUAAUCUAAUCACAGUCUUGUUUUUCCAGCCACUGAGAACCCUAGGGAGUGUCAGUCAGGACAUGGGCUGGGCCUGGGAUGUGGCCUAUUGUUGGCUCCAGGGCGGAGCCUGGACCUUAGGCAGUGCCUGAGGCUCCAUGUACACUCAGGAUGCUUUCCCCCCUACUGCUGAUGAACAGAACUACUGUAGUUAUUAGAAGGACCAUAGUACAGAACUCCAACAUGACAUCUGAGUACCAUGUACAGUAGUUCCAACAGCAGCCAGGAGGAAAGCAUCGUUGGGGGUUACUCAUAUAGGAAAGGGCUCAGUGGUUCUUCUGUUUCUCGACCAACUGUAUUUUGUGUCUAUUUAUUUAGAAGAGGGGACACAGUAACUUAGUGACGUUCUUCUUACAACAUUUUCCUGGAAUGGUAGAACAAAUCAAAAGGAGAAAAUGAUCAAAACAGAUCUACUGGCAUCAAUGUAUCAAUGUCAGUAGGAAGAUAUCAAAAUCUCAUACUUCCAAACAUGACCAAAUGAACAAUGACAAAAUGUAACAAAGAAAAUAAUAAACCUUUCAGUUUAGUUUAGGAUAUUUAUUACUGGGAUUUCAGCUGAAGACGCUUGAAGACUUUUUCAUGGAAUUGUUUAAUUAUUUGUACUUUACAUGCCAGAAAAAAAUAAAAGGUUACAAAUC